GUUACAUAUGGACCAUUUCAUGGUAGUCUGAGUGAUCGUGAUAUGUUUCCUCAUCUAUAUCAGAUCGCCCCAAAGGACACAAGCCUAGUUCUUGCCAUGGUAUCCUUGAUGAUUCAUUUCAGCUGGCAAUGGGUGGGGCUGGUUAUUUUAGAUGAUGACCAGGGUGCUCAGUUUCUCUCAGAUAUGAAAGGAGAAAUGAGGAGCAAAGAAUUCUGUUUAGCUUUUGUGAACGUGAUCCCAGUAAACAUACAGUUAUACGUAGAAAGGGCAGAGACUUACUAUUAUCAAAUAAUGACAUCAUCAGCAAAUGUUGUCAUCAUUUAUGGUGACAACAACUCUACUCUAGAAGUGAGCUAUAGAAGAUGGGAAGCUUUAGGCAUACGGAGAUUAUGGGUCACCACCUCACAAUGGGAUCUCAUCUCAAGAUCAAGAGAUUUCACCACUGACUCUUUCCAUGGGACUUUGUCUUUGUCACACCAUUAUCAAGAGAUUUCUACUUUUAAACAUUUCAUCCAGAGAACAAACUUUUCUGCUUACCCAGAAGAUGUUUCUCUGGUGAGAUUGGGAUGGAUGUAUUUUAACUGUUCAGUAUCUGUAUCUGACUGUAAAGCACUGACUCAUUGCUCAUCUAAUACCACAUUGGAAUGGUUACCACGGCACAGUUUUGACAUGGCCAUGAAUGAUGAGCGUUACAACAUCUAUAAUGCUGUGUAUGCUGUGGCCCAUGCUUUUCACAACAUGCUUCUUCAACAAGUAGAUAGUCAAGUACUGAAAAGUUGGAAAGGAUUAAUACCUAGAUGUAUGCAGGUAAAUGCCUUUCUGAAGAAUAUAAGAUUUAUUGAUUCUGUAGGAUACCUAGUGAAUAUUAAUCAAGAAGGAAAAUUUGAAGCAAUAUAUGACAUUCUCAAUGUUUUGAACUUUCCACAAGGUCAUGUACUAAAGGUGAAAGUAGGAGAGUUUUCUCCUUAUUUGGUACAUGAUCAACAACUGUUCUUAUCUGAAGACAUGAUAGAGCGGGCCACAGGAAGUAGACAGUUUUCCACUUCUGUGUGCAGUAUGCCUUGCCAUCCUGGUUUCAAGAAGUAUCACCAGGAAGGAAAAGCAGACUGCUGUUUUGAUUGUUCCCGAUGUCCUGCCAAUGAGAUUUCCAACACCACAGCUCUGUACCCUGUGGUUCAAAACUCGUGCGGGUCGUGUGGCCUGGGCCCGGGACAGCUCACGCUUGUCGCGUGUGCUACAGCACUUCCUGGCGGGACUCAACAGCGCAGACCGCCAUUGAACCAAGGGUGUGGGGAAAGAGCCUCGGUGAUGGCAGUGUCCCGGGAACAGGGGCACAGGGACGCUGCGCGCCAGGCGGUCACGGCUGAGUCUCCCAGGAGCCCCGAGAAGGUGGUGCACUGA